AUGCAAAGGGUUGCCUUCCUGUUUUUUAUCCUCCAGCUGGUGCUCACCAUCCGGGCAAUCCAGUGGAGCGACCGGUUGCAGGCUUUAGACCAUGUUCUAGCCCCCACCUGGGACGAGCGAUGCCCAAACGUGAAUGAGGUGUGGACGGAGUGUGGCCUCGAGCCAACCUGUAAACGCUGUGAUUUCCACGCCGAACCGUGCAAUACUGCUUGCCAUCGCGGGUGUACGUGUCGGGAAGGCUUUAUGUACGACGCGCUGUGGCGUUGCGUGCCCCAGGACAAGUGCAGGGACGACCGAAUACUGUACAUA